AUGGACUGCGCUAGAGUGAUCCAACUUUCCUUGGUAAUUGCAUUUGCAAUUUUUAUAAGCCCAACUCAGGGUUUGAUAUGCAACGGAAUGGCUGAGUUCUGUGAUUUAAGAAUCAACCAAGCUACCUUUGCAGGAACGCACAAUUCUGGUGCAGGCUUUGACGGGAUCCUUUACUAUCACACAAAGAUCGGACUAAGUUUUCCGGCGGGAAGCUGCUGGUAUAGAAGCCAGGGACAAAGUAUCACCAAACAGCUUGAUAAUGGCAUCCGGUACUUUGAUAUUGACACGUGUUUUGUGGACUCAGGAAGAUGGGAGCAUGGUCCUUGGACAUGCCACAGCGGAGCUUACGGUGGACCGAUUAGAAAAAUGCUGCACCAGAUAGAUGAAUGGAUGCGAAGAAAUCCUACUGAAGUUGUCAUUAUCAAGUUUGGUAGAGACACGGUGAAGUCGAAAGCCCAAAAGAUCGGAAACGAAAUUCUUAAACAGAUGAAGAACUUAUGGGAGCCAACAAAAGAGAAAACAAGUUUGAAACAGCUCUCUCUAAAUGACUAUCGCAGACAAUCCUGGAAGUGGCCGACAUUAGGUGAAGCGAUUACUACUAAUCAACGAAUAUUUCUGUUCAUGGACCACCGUCUUAUUGGUGACAACUACUACAAGUAUCGCUGGGUUUACUACACAAAUUAUGAAAUUUCGUUGUCGUGGACACCAAUGAACCUGAUUGAGUCUGCUGGGUGUAGCAAAUUAGUAGAUGCUAUCCAGAAGCGAUGUGCUGACUCGUAUUACUUUGAUUUCAUGGAAAUGGACUUGUUUUUAACUUGGGGGCUGUGCGUGAAACAUCUUGCGGACUGGUGCAAUGAGUAUAUUGAUGAGGCAACAAAGAAGUGCUUUGAUGAAAGGUCAUCUCGAGGUAGAGCAACCGCAAAUUUCAUAGUGGUGGACUGGGCUGGGCGAACUCACGGCGUUAACAAGAUAGGCGAGGUUGCUAAGCGGAGAAAUGUGCAAAAUGUUAAAUUUUUCACGAAACAAGAGAUUAAUAUUAUAUAUAUUAAUUAAGGGUUAUAUUAAUAUUAUAUUAUAAUAUUAAUAUAACCCUUAGUAUGAGAGGCAAACAAAAAGAUCAAUAAAAUGUCUUGAUGAAUACUGUCUUGGGUGGAAGUAGUAGUUGUGCACCCUCUAUGAUCUUUCCAGUCUACCUUCCGAUAAUUAAAUCACUGGAAAAUCAUAAUGAAUUAAUGUAUAGAUAAAGGAUUAAAUGCGCGUGCAAAAGCUAAAUAUUUAUCUAAGUUUUUCAGGUCGCUUUCGUGAAAGAUAAACCCAAAUUGUCUUCCAAAUAUGAAGGGAAAGAAAUUUUUCUACUCCACAACAAACUGUCUUCUUUUUUUUUUUUUUUGGCAAACUUUAAAACUAACUUGUCAGAGGUCCAUCUUAGCCGUCUG